AUGGCUAUCGUUCAAUUGCUGAUGGAAAUGGACAGCAAACAUUGUAAUGAAGAUUUCAAAAUUAUUUAUAUGGCACCAAUAAAAGCACUGUGCACUGAGAGACUGACUGAAUGGUAUCCGAAAUUUACAAAACUUAAUUUGCUGUGCAUUGAAGUGACGGGCGAUACUGAUGUAGACUUUUCACAAUUGAAACCUUACAGUGAUACUGCUACAAGUAGUUCUGGUACUUCUGCUGCCGUUCCUGGGACUGUGGAUGAUGUUUCUCAGCAUGUUUUAGAUGUGGGCUAUUAUACGGGAUUAAACACCAAAAUUGAUGAUGAUUUAAAGAAAUCUCCUUACAGAUUGUUGAAAUCUCCUUGGAUGCCAGAAAAGACAUUGAAGUUUCCAGACUUUGUAAAAGCUGAAUUAGUCAUGUGGCUGAUAAAAUGGAUGGAAGAAUCUGAACUAGACCGACCAACAUGUGCUAUUGAAGCUCUCGGAGAAUGUUAA